UCCGCCCCGCCCCUCGCUCCGUGGCCCCGCGGGCUCGUUCCCGGCAUGGUGCUCUCUGAGCUGGCUGCGCGCCUCAACUGCGCCGAGUACAAGAACUGGGUGAAGGCGGGCCACUGCCUGCUACUGCUACGCGGCUGCUUGCAGGGCUUCGUCGGCCGCGAGGUGCUCGCCUUCCACCGCAGCCUGCUAGCCGCCGCCCCCGGCCUGGGCCCCCUCGCCACCUGCCGCAGCGGCUCGCGGUGCAGCCCGCGCGCCCGCCAGUUUCAGCCUCAGUGUCAGGUGUGCGCAGAGUGGAAACGGGAGAUUUUGAAACAUCACACCAGCAGAAAUGGAGACGUUCACUGGGGAAACUGCCGGCCGGUCCGCUGGCCGGUCGACGCCUGGGAGGUGGCCAAGGCCUUCAUGCCCCGAGGACUGGCAGACAAAACAGGACCCGAGGAAUGUGACGCGGUUGCUCUUCUAAGUCUCAUCAACUCCUGUGAUCACUUCGAGGUUGAUCGAAAGAAAGUCACAGAGGUGAUUAAGUGUCGUAACGAGAUCAUGCACUCUUCAGAGAUGAAAGUAUCUUCUGUGUGGCUUCGAGAUUUUCAGAUAAAGAUCCAAAAUUUUCUGAAUGAAUUUAAGAAUAUCCCAGAGAUUGUGGCGGUAUACUCCCGAAUAGAACAGCUGUUGACAUCUGACUGGGCUGUUUACAUCCCUGAGGAGGAUCAGCCAGAUGGGUGUGACUAUGAAACAGGAGUUUACCUGAGUGAGCACCAAGUAAACGAGAUAGAAAUGGAGUUACUAAAGGAAAAACUUCAAGAGCUCUAUCUUCAAGCAAAGGGACAAGAGGUGUUGCCUGAAGAGAUCUUAAAUCAACUGGAAGUGGUGAAAGAAUUUCUGAGAAACAACGAGGAUCUUAGAAAUGGUCUUACAGAAGAUAUGCAGAAGCUAGACAGCCUCCACCAACAGCCUCAAAAACUGGAUUCGAAGGAACCUAGGGCGCAGACACCUGAAGGGAAGGCCUGAAGUUGACCUUCAACAAAAAUCAGGCAUGUUCUGUGAAAGUCAGCCGGGUUUCCAUCUCAGCCGUCCUUUUCUGUGCAAAAGGGAAAACUUACCCAAGUACUCCACUCAAACAAAAAGGAAUUUGUGUCAUCUUUUCCUGGACUUCCCUUUAACUCUUUGGGAGUUUUUUUUUUUUUUUUUUUUU